AUGACCAAUGGUGACAGUGUAUCGAUAAUAACACUUGACCCAGUUGCGGACAGUAUACAAUCUUCCCAUACUGUAACUUUGAAUCCAGAAGCUUCAGAGAAUGACGAGCCAUCAAUCGAAGCUCCAAGUCCACCUCCGUUGCCUCCGCCGAUUCAAAAAUCGGAUAUAAUUACAUUGGAUCCAACAAAUAUUCUUCAAGACGAAGAACCCUCAAAGAAAAACAGGGAAAAGCUGGAAAUGUACGAUUCUCCAAGAUAUCAGACAACUACUACAGUUGUGGAAACGACGGAAUAUAUUUCGAACGAUGGACCAGCAGUUAGAAUCGAAUUCCCACGAUUGGAUUGUGAAUACAUCCGAACAUUGGGUGGAAUCAUGAAAGUCGUGUGCAUCGUUUUGUGUCUUCUUACCUUCCUGUUUGUGAUGAUGGGUCCUGCUUACUAUACAGGAGUUGGAUGGGCCACUUUUGUCUCAUCUGUUGGAAUCUUCGUGACGACAUCUCUUCUGACUCUCUAUCUUUUCCGAGUCGUAGACACCUUGCCAUCGAUUAACUGGAUUGUUUGUGAAAUGGUUUACUGCUUUGCCUGGACUGUGUUCUUCUUCAUUGCUGCUUGUGUUCUUGCUGUUGCCUCUUCUCAAUUCCGGGGAACGUUCGCCUGGGCUAUUGCUGCGUUUUUCGCGUUUGGUGCAAUGUGUGCAUAUGGAUUCGACUGUUAUCUCAAGUUCCUCUCAUGGAAAAACAAUGAGCGUGCAACGGGCGGAUCAAAUCCAGUCGUUAUUCAACAGCAAAGACGCAACAACUAUGUUUAA